CCAGCUCCCGAACUGAGGGAGAGGCGUGCGUGCUGUCGGCCGCGAUGUCACAGGCCUUCGGCGCUGUCAACGAGCAAGAGGAGCCGGCAGAGGAGGAUUGUCCUGAAUUGGUCCCCAUUGCGACGAAGCAAAGAGAGGAGGAGGAAAAGUCUGGCCUCGGCGCUAAGAUCCCAGUCACAAUUAUCACCGGGUAUUUAGGUGCUGGGAAGACAACACUUCUGAACUAUAUUUUGACAGAGCAACACAGUAAAAGAGUAGCAGUUAUUUUAAAUGAAUUUGGGGAAGGAAGUGCAGUGGAGAAAUCCUUAGCAGUGAGCCAAGGUGGAGAGCUCUACGAAGAAUGGCUGGAACUUAGAAACGGUUGCCUCUGCUGUUCAGUAAAGGAUAAUGGCCUUAGAGCUAUUGAGAAUUUGAUGCAGAAGAAGGGGAAAUUUGAUUACAUACUGUUAGAGACCACAGGGUUAGCAGAUCCUGGUGCUGUAGCUUCUAUGUUUUGGAUUGAUGAUGAAUUAGGGGUUGAUAUUUAUCUUGAUGGUAUCAUAACUGUUGUGGACUCAAAAUAUGGAUUAAAGCAUUUAACAGAAGAAAAACCUGAUGGCCUUAUCAAUGAAGCUUCUAGGCAAGUUGCUUUGGCAGAUAUCAUCAUCAUCAAUAAAACAGACUUGGUUUCAGAAGAGGAUUUAAACAAAUUAAGAACAACUAUUAGAGUUGAUCUCUCUAACGUGCUAGAUCUUCAUGCCUUUGACAGUCUCUCUGGAAUAAGUUUGCAGAAAAAACUUCAACAAUUGCCAACAAUACAACCUCACCUUGAUCAGAGUAUUAUUACAGUCACAUUUGAAGUACCGGGAAAUGCAAAGGAAGAAAGUCUAAAUGUAUUUAUUCAGAAUCUUCUGUGGGAAAAGAAUGUGAGGAACAAGGACGACGACUUCAUGGAAGUCAUACGACUGAAGGGGCUGGUGUCAAUCAAAGACAAACCACAACAAGUGAUUGUCCAAGGUGUUUAUGAGCUAUAUGAUCUGGAGGAGACUCCAGUGAGCUGGAGAGAUGACGCUGAGAGAACAAACCGAUUGGUUCUUAUUGGUAGAAAUUUAGAUAAGGAUAUCCUUAAACAGCUAUUUAUAGCUACUGUGACAGAAACAGAAAGGCGAUGGACAGCAUAUUUUAAAGAAGAUCAAGUUUGUCUGUAAUAGCAGAAGAAUUUCUCAUUGAAAGGAUUGAAUGAUAAUAUCAGGAAUAAGUUUCCUACUGGGUGUAUUUCAAGCAUCUGUUCCUUGAAUUACUUCCGUUAUGAAUUCCAGUGUAUGUUAUAAGAUAUAGUAAAGCAGUAAUGUAAAACAUUUGACAUUUUUACAAUAAAGUAUAGAAUCCUCUGAAGUGUGUUUUUAAUAGAUGUUUCACAAAAAUUUCUUUCAGAAUUGGCUUUGGAGUUGACAUAUGCUGAGCUUCUCAUCCAUGGAAGUUGUUUAUAAUAAUGAUGACAAAACUUACUUCAACAGUGUCAUUUUCCUUUAGAACUUCAGCUUAUUGCAUAAAGUUUUAUUAACAAAAAAAUUUAAAGCAAAUAAAGUUACCAUUUUUAUUAAAUGAAAUAAAAGGUUUGUUGUGGCUAGUGACUUACAGGUGGAAGAAAUCUGAAUGAAAUUAAUUGGAACCAUCUCUUAUUUUUAGUCAAUUCUAAGCUUUACUGAAGGUGGAAUAAAACUUCAGCCAUGCACUUUGUAAUAUAUUUAGAAGAUUCUUAUUG